AAUUCAACAGUUAAAAUCAUCAACACAAAACACAUAAUCCAGUAGGGAAAUUUCAAAACGUGCAUUUCCAGUGUGAACAAAUCAUUUGAAAAGUGUCCAGUGAAAUUUUAUUCGUUUAGUUUCGCCAAUUAAAGGACCUUGUGCUCUCGACAAAAUGUUCAAAUUCUCAUCACCCGUCGAUAUGAUUUUGUGUUCAGUGUUCCUAGUGAUAGCGAUUCUAAGUUUUAAUAGCUGUUCCGCAGCAGAUGAGCUCGAACAGAUUAAACCACGAAGAGGUGGCACAGUUGGCUUGUUUGCUUUCCCCCGCGUCGGACGCAGUGAUGCCAGCCUAUUUUCCUACAAAGGGUAUGGUGCUGGCCUAAAUUCCUACGAAGAAUAUGAUGACUUUCCUAAAAUGGAAUGGAAACGCAAUCAGGGACUCGUUCCCUUCCCACGAGUAGGACGAUCCGAUAACCAACUGAGAAGGUGGUCAAAACUUGCAAUGCAACAGGACAUGGAUAAGCGGACAGGUGUAGCUAGCGCAAACUCAGGAUUAUGGUUUGGACCACGAUUGGGACGAAUCCAGAAACGUGCUGCUGAUGCAGGCGGCAAUCGUAUGGACAUUUACACACCGCGACUGGGACGCGAGUCUGAGGAAUUACUUUUCGAUGAAUUCAAUCCCGGAAGCGGCAACCAACCCGAUUAUGUUGAUUUCUUCCACAAUUUAGAUAAUUAUAAAAACAAUAAUGAUAACAAAAAUAAUCCCAUUGAUAAAUCGUUUGGAUAAUUUUACAAAUGUAUAGAACCUUCUUCCAAGCAACUGCAAUUAUCCUAAUUAAAUCUAUGAACCUAUGACAAACAAAUACUUCAAUUUGGACCUAAAUAAAGAUAUUGUAUUAUAAAAUCAA